AUGGCGGAGCUGACUGCAAGGGAGCGCCGGCUGGUGCACAUGACGUCCAACAUCUUUGACGAAAAGGGCUCCGACAAGUCAGUGUAUUCAGCCAGCAGGCAGAAGGAGCUUCUCGAGAACCUGCGGCAGAGCUACGUGCAGAAGAACGGGGCGCCAGAGGCCAUGAACUUGCCCAGGCCGCAGGAGAUGAAGUAUGCCUUGAUGUCUGGCAACCAUGCAGUGCUGCCAGCAAGCAGUGCGGUGAACGGGCCCGGGACAAAGCGGGAUGCGCAGUUCAUGCCCAAGGAGUUCUGGUCGACGUCCGUGGAUCUGAAGUGGCACGACGUGCGGAACGAGCGCUGCCGCCACAAGAGCCACGCAGCGGAGCGUGCGAAUUUGGAUGCCAAGGACAAAAAGACACGGGAGAUGUCCUCGGAGCUGUUCCAAAAGGAGCGGCUGGUGAAUCGAACAAUGGGCAAAUCAGAUCUCGUGGCCGAUGGGACCGAUUACCUGGCCCUCGAUUCGUCUCUCCAUGAGCAGCACGGGACCGUCCCCGGCGGUGCCACGGGGAGGCGCUCCUCCGCCAGCCAAAGGCUCCAAGCCAAUCUGGCUGCUUCAGGGUACAACACCAUGCCGCAGCCCGAGGUGGCUCCAGAGGUAACUGGGGGCUAUGCACAGGAGCAUCCUCCCAGGCAGCUCGGUCAGCCACACCUUGUGGCAGAACUGUAG